GGAAACAUGACAGCGGACUUCGUCGAGUUUCUAUCAAAACAUCAAGACGAAAUUACAACCUACGUUGUAUAUCCAUAUCUGAUCUUAGCAGUAGUUGUGUAUCUAGUAUUUGGAAGUAUAAGAAGUUUUAACUAUAGAACAAUAUCUUCGUCCGUGCCUCAAAAAAUCCUUAUAGUCACCGCUCACCCAGAUGACGAAUGCAUGUUUCUGUCUCCGGUUGUGCUAGCCCUCGUUCGAGAGGGACAUUUAGUGAGCGUUUUGUGUCUUACAACAGGAAAUUACUAUGGAUUGGGAGAGCGCCGUAAAGGGGAACUUUUGAGAAGCUGUGAGUUAUUAGGAGUGGCCAGACAACAGGUUAAAAUUGAGGACAGUAGCUUGUAUCCUGAUGAUCCCGCUGUGACCUGGGAUGAGGAAGCCGUGAGCGACAGAUUACGUUCAACCAUCUACUCCAUACAGCCGAAUGCGGUGAUCACUUUUGACUCGAGCGGUGUUAGCGGCCACAGUAACCAUAAAGCCGUUCAUUCUGCUCUGCUGAGCUUAUGUAACCAAGGGAUCAUGCCACAGUAUUCCAGAGUGUUCUGUUUGAACAGUGUUAACAUCCUCAGGAAAUACGUCUCCAUCUUGGACCUGCCAUUAUCCUACGUCAUUUCCAGGAAUAUCUACAUUUCCUCUCCAUUAGCUGUCUUAAGAUCAUGGAGAGCCAUGUUCGCUCAUAGAAGUCAGCUGACCUGGUUCCGCAUCCUUUACCUCAUCUUCUCUCGCUACAUGCUGAUCAAUACUCUCACGGAGGUCUGUCACCAUGGCGACUGUUAAGGGAGACAACUCAACUACAACAUGUAUAAAAAAAAGUCAAAAUUUUGUCUUUGAUAACAGAAUAUCAAUAAAUCAACGAAUCUUUUGUGUUCCUUUGUUAGUUAUAAAAUGUUAAUUUUAUCAUAUGCAUUGCAUAUUUCUUGUUAUUUCAAACAUUUUAUGAAAAAAAAUCUUUGAGAAAAUAAUCACUCUUGUUCAUGAACCAAGCAACAUGUUAAUUUGAUUUCUUGAAAUAUUUUUAUACAGCAAAAGCUAUAUUUUGAAAAAAAUAUUUUGAAAUCAUUUAAUCCACAGUAUUUUGGAUUUUUAUUUUCAAUUACCAUUUCUAGAAAAUGUAAUUCCUGGAUAAAGUUUUUUAAUGUUCAUGGAUUUUGUUAUGUCUACUUUUUCCGAAUUUUUCAUUCUACUUGUGUUUGUGUUUGUUGUGAGGUUUUGUGUUGAUUGCUCACCAGCGUUUGAUAUUAAUACUUAAAUGGCAGAGAUUUUUUUUCAGUGCAUGAUUGUGUUUUUCGCUGUAGAAAAAAUGUAAAAUAUCUUGUGCAUGACAAAAUCGGUUAACACCACCUUGCGGAUAAAACAAAAAAAAAUGUUUAAUCCUUUGAUGUUCAUCGGACAAAUACUCAUUAAAUUGACUAGCUUCGAACUGGUCAUUGCUCCUCUGUGAUCUUCAAAAUAAUGCAUCAGCUUAGUGAUUGGUGUUUUUUUUUUGUUGUUGUUUUUUUUUUUCUUCUCGACACCAAUCAAAUAGCUAGUGAGUGCCAAAAAUUUUGUCAUGACAUACGUUUAUUCCAGGGGUGCAGGGAGCAAACGUGAACAUAACCCCUGGAGUAUCAUGGAUGUGCAGUUAAAUAUCAGAUCAUCCCAUUAUGAACACCUUUCUAAAAGACCACCUGUUUUCAUAGUCCACCUUUAUAUACAGAUCACUUCUCUUCACGAGUACAUCAUGUGCCAGUCAUCGAGAACUCUUUCCAUUUCAUUAAGUAUAUUUGAUAACAUAGUAUAAUUUUGGCUAUUUUGCAUAAAUUGUGUGUCACAUUGCUUUAAGUUCAAAUGCUAGCAGUUAAGUUCAAAUGCUAGCAGGGAGCAAGAGACUGCAAAAAGCACAAAAAGUAAUUGUCAUGGUUGGAUAAUAUUAAGAUAUCCAUGUACAAUGUAGUAUAUUAAUUAUAAUAAUAAUAGUGAUACUAGAGGAAAGAUUAUAAUUUUGUUUACAUAAUAAUUUAUGUAGUGGUAUUUAUAUAAAAUGUCCAUAUAGCUUGAUGGGGGAGGUAAUUUCAAUGUUUACACCUAAUAUAUAGCAUAGUAUUUUGGGGGAGGUAAUUUGAAUGUCUACACAUAAUAUUUAGCAUAGUAUUUAGAGGGAGGUAAUUUCAAUGUCUACAUUUAGUAUAUAAAAAUGUGACGGGGGGAGGUAAUUUCAAUGUCUGCACAUAAUGGCCUACUUCGAGUGUCAACUAUUUACUAUAGUCAGGCUGUUCCGUCUAAUAUGAUUACAUAUGCGUAUAAAUAACAGCCAAUUACUGCCAGUUUCCAAAUGGUAACGCAUGCACAAACGAAGUCUAGUCGGAACAAUGUCUGACCAAGCAGUUGAGCAAUGUCGACUACACAUGCACAUUGUAACUUAUUGUUUCUCUACACAUGUGCAUUAG